UCUCUCUCUCCACAUAUACACACACACGCAUUUUACAGCAGUUCGUCCGUAGAUGAUGUGGAAGCCGCUGGAGAAUAAAGAGCUCGUACUUUAAACCCAGGCAGCACCAGCGCGAAACUCUCUUCGCUUGACAGAGAAAGAGGGGAGGAAAGACCGAAAUAAACAAAAAAUAAAACAGAGCAAGGGGUUUGGAGAGAUUUUGUAUGAGAAAAGGGGGGCUGGAGAACCGAAGCAAUGGACAGCCUGCAGGAUGUUUCCCCGUGCGCCCCCGGCCAGUGGCUGGCGGCUCUGCUGCUGAGCCUCUGCUGUUUGUUGCCCACAUGCCUCCCGGCAGCAGCUCAGAGCGUGGAUUUCUCCUGGCCAGCUGAGGACAACGUCGUGGCGCGACAGGGGGACACGGCCAUCCUCAGAUGCUAUCUUGAAGAUGGUACUUCGAAGGGAGCAUGGUUGAACCGGUCCAGCAUCAUCUUUGCGGGGAACGACAAAUGGUCCGUGGACCCGCGGGUUUCAAUCGUGUCAAGCACUAAACGAGAAUAUAGUCUUCAGAUUCAGAAGGUUGAAGUCACUGAUGAUGGCCCAUUCACCUGUUCAGUCCAGACCCAAUAUAAUCCCAAGACUUUGCAAAUGCAUUUGAUAGUGCAAGUUCCACCAAAAAUCUUUGACAUCUCUGCGAGCUCUGUUGUGAAUGAAUUCAGCAAUGUCACUCUUUUUUGUAUGGCAAAUGGAAAACCUGAGCCCACCAUAGCUUGGAAGCAUAUUUCGCCAUCAGCAAAAGACUUUAUCAGUGAAGGUGAAUACCUUGAGAUUUAUGGCAUUACUCGGAACCAAGCUGGCUUCUAUGAAUGUCUCGCAAACAAUGAUGUGUCAAUUGCAGAUACACGAACAGUUCGCAUUACAGUCAAUUACCCUCCAGCAAUAAAGGAAAUUAAGAGUCCUGGGAUGGUUCUUGGUAAAGUUGGGCUAUUGCGAUGUGAGGCUUUUGCAGUUCCUGCGGCAGCUUUUGAAUGGUACAAAGGAGACAAGAGGUUGGCCUCCGGCAGGCAAGGGAUUCAUAUCAAGAACUUCAACACCAGAUCUAUCCUCACUGUUACCAACAUUACAGAGGAUCAUUAUGGCAAUUACACGUGCGUGGCUGCCAAUAAACUAGGGACAAGUAGUGCCAGUCAUUUUCUACACAUGCCAUCCAAAGAACAAUAUGGAAUCACUGGUGGUGCUGAAGUUAUUUUAUCCUGGUGGUACCUCGUGAUGGCACUAUCCUGCCUGGUCAGCAGCACAUACUAGCAGAGGGGAAAUUUACCGGCCACAAUGAACGUGAGUGAGAAAGCAUGAAGAUGUUCAAGAGUCGCUUCCAAGUGCUGAGAACUGGAAUCAAUCUGGUACAGUUCACUCACGGAAAAGUGUGAGAAUCAAUCAGCAGUGCAAACACAGGGAUGUGAAACUUUCCUACAAUUACUGAUCAUGUAAAUGUCUAAAUUAUAUUCUUUUCAGGUUGUCAUCAAGUUCUGACAUUGAACUCAUUGUCCUCGAUCAAGCUUUGUAGGCUGUGAAGUUACUUUUUGAGAACAUAUGUUGUAUUAUUUUACAUAUAAGCUGUAAUGCUUCACAAUUUUUAUUAGCCCCCGCCCCCUCCUCUUCAAGGUGCUGGUUACAUGCAAGAAAUAUAUGGCACGCAUGAGAUAUUAUAGCCUCUAAUAUGAUUUAGUAUUCAUAAUAAUAUCAUAACACAAAUGGGCAUUCAAUGAAAACUGGCCUUGUGUAUGUAUAGUUCCAAGAUUUUAAUGGGCCUGUCCAAACAUAUAAAUUAGGAAAAUCCAUUUUUACACCAGAAUUUACUGGCAAAAAGAUAGGCAUCCAUUUCAAUUAAUCAAUGGGCAUUUUUUAGAAAUUAUAUGAAAUUCCCUUUAACAAAUUCCAUAUUCCUUCUAAAAUGUUAUACAGUCAAAAAUACUUUAAUUGAAAAAAUGAGAAAAAAAUGAGGAUGGUUUAUUAGUGCACCAGUAGCAUCCUGCCUCUGUGAUCUGGGUUCAAUCCCGACCUUCGGUACUGUUUGUGUGCACAUUCUCCUUAGGACUAAAUGGGUUUCCCUUGGAUGCUCCGGUUUCCUCUCACAUCACAGACAUGCAGGUGGAUUAACUGAGUACUAUAAAUCUCUUGAAGUUGGCCAGGGGGACUGUUGGGUAUAAAAGAGAGAAGAGAUUACAGAAAAAGUAUGUGGGUGAAUAGGGCUGAUUGAAAUGGCUGGAGAGCUAACAUAAGAGUUGAUGGGCUGAAUGAUACUUUACAUUGUAAGGAAUGUGUAGUAAAUAUGGGGAUAGGUCAGUCAUCUUUCAUGACUUCACCCUCAAAUGUUUCCCUUUAUGUUGAAGUUGUUCGAAGAAUUUUUGUUCUAUCUAGUCCCAUUGUGAUUUUAGAAUAUUUUAUAUUUCCUCACUCAACAAAAGUAAGCCAUUUGGCCCAUCUACGCUGCAUGUUAGAACCAUCCCAUUCCCCUACUUGCUUCUCUGUAACAUAUUUUCUUUCAUGCACCCAUUAAAUGCCAUCUGAUUCUCUUACCAACUGAGGACAGUUGGCAUAAUUUACAGUGGCCAAUUAACUACCAGUUAGCAUGUCUUUGGGAUGUGGGGUAGCAUAAAAACUUGAAAAAGUUAUAAAUAUGAAAUUAUAACACAUUGUUUUGGAAAUAAGUAGCAAUUGAAAGGGAGGAUUAACAUUUCUGGUGAAACCUCCAUCAGAACUAAUUCCUAUCAGAUGGAAAAUCCCAACCAAAUCAUCAAUCUCCAUUUACUGUUUUUUAUCUCACUGUAGAAUAAAUGGCAUAAAACUUAAUAAUUUUGCAGUCUUGCUUUGCAUUUGAGACUUAUCUCUGUAUAAUCCCAGUUUAGAAUGCAAUUAAUUCAUCCUGGCCGACUGAAUUUGUGGCUUCAAUACCAAUCAUGUCUUUGCAACUUACAUCUAUAGGUGGUGUAUGAAAUUGCAGCACAUAAAAUCUGCAUGCAUUCAUAUAUGAAAGUUAACAAAUAUUACUGCCAUUUUAUAAAUCUAGCUCAUUCUGGUGCUCAAAACCAUAAAAAUCAAAGUUUGUCAUUAUAUGUUAAGAAGCAUUCUGCCAUUCGAUUAUUUGACCAGGUAUUAUACAUCUUGUUGGAACAAAUCAAAGCUAUUAAUCCAGGUUUCAGGGCUUCAAAGAAAAUAAUCUGUGCCAAAUCUUAUAUGACAUACAUGACAUAACCUAAACAUUAAUGGUGCCCUUGGAAGGAUCUGUUUUCCAAUUAUGUUUUCUGCACUGAAAUAGACAACAUUUUAAUCAACUAUUAAUUGAUUCCAAAAAGCAUUAAACAGUUAAUAUCAAAUGAUUCCUUUAUUGAAGAACAAAAACUACUUGUAAUUCCAAAAUUUUAUGAUGAAUGCAAAUUAAAAAGGCAAUGCUCAAUGAGGGAACCAUUAUAAAUAUUUUCCCAUUAUUAUUUUAAUGUAUUAAUGUGGAACUGUCUUCGUUCAAAUACUUAAAGUGUGUUUAAAUUGGCUCCCUUGGCAUUUGUUGUGAUACAGUGACCCCCAGUUCACCAGACAGUAUCAUUUGAUGCAAGAGACACCAUGAAAAAUAUGUUCUCCAUUGCCCAAACUAAAUCUUCACUUCAUGAUCAGAACUUUUAAAUGAACAUUUGGAAAAACUUCAUUACAAAACUUGUGGUGGAGGAAUUAAAGCCAAAUAACUGUAAAACAUUUACAAUCAUGGUGACCUCAGGUGCAAAAGGAGUGAUAACAUUGAGUCAUAUGUUUAGUAAUUUUAUCUUUAGUGACAGACAUUUUUCAAGAAGAUUAUGUUCACUUAUUUUAUUGAAUAACUGAAAUGAUGCAAAUGAUAAAAGUAUUUAUAAUUGCUCUAUGAUAAAGUUGUAUAGUUAUCAAAUACAUUUAUUGUUUGGAGAAACAAACCUUCAAUUAUUCCAUACAUGGCAACUAUUAAAAACUCUAAACAUA